CGGCUGCAUUUCCGCGUCCCGGGCGGGUCCGCGAGCGGGGUGGGACUCGCUGUCCGACCGCGGUUCUCGGCUGUUCCUGCGACCUCAUGGCCAUGUGGUUUCAGACGCGGUAUCUCCGCUCACUGCUGCGGUCUGCCCCCGCCGCGGCCCGCGCCGGCCCCGCCUCCCUCACCCUCCGCCUCCUGGGGAUUCCGCGCGGGACUCGCCGGGAAGCCCCAGUGGGAGAGCGCGAGCGCUGCCCGGCACCGCUGAGAGGGCUUUGCGGGCGCUGCCCGGCAGAGCCUGGGGGUCGCGCCACGGGUGGGGUCCGGAAAGCCCCCGCCAGGUCUGGGCUUCCCCGCCGCCCCCGGGAUGACGCAGCCAAACCCCCCGGGGGCGGCCGCUAAGGGCCGGCGCCCGGCGCCCCGCGCGCACUCCAGCGAGCCACGCCGCCACGCACCGACCCAUGGCAGCGGCGCGGGCGGGCCAGGUGCUCCUGCCGGCGGCGCUGCUGGCGCUGGCGCUGAGCCCGGGGCCCGCGGCCGCGCUGCCGUGCGUAGCCGACUGCCCUGCAGGUACGUUCGUGGAGAGCGCGGGCUGCAGGCGGGGCGCGGGCGCAUCCUGCCGGCAGUGCCCGGCCGGCACCUUCUCCAGCGCGGCGGGACGCAGCGCUUGCAAACUCUGUCGGAAGUGCGAAGGAAUAUUCAAGUAUUUAAAAGAGUGUUCCUCAAAAAGCGAUGCUGAAUGCACGUGCAAGGACGGGUAUCGCUGCAGUGGCGAUGGCUGCACCCACUGCGACCGAAGCUGUGGUGUGGGCCAAGAGAGCACCGGGAACGGUUGCCAGACUUGCCAGUAUGGAACUUUUAAUGAUCAGCCCAAUGGCUCCUGUAAAAACUGGACAAAGUGCUCUACAAACCAGAUCCUGGAGCCUGGAACUGCAGAAAAAGAUGUCAUUUGCAAACACGCUUCAGUUAAUCCCACUUUAGCCACUACUCUACCUACCACAUCACUUGCAAUUCCAUUUUCUAUCACUGGGCCAGGGAAGGAUCUCCAGACAGACAUUAUCAGGAUUUUUCUCACCGUAGCUGGGCUGUUGUGCAUAGUGUUCCUGCUACCUUUGUGCAUAUGCUUCGGUGUCUGGCAGAAAAAGAAACUACACGCUGUCUUCAAAAAAAUGCAUAUCACACCUGAACAGUCAAUUCAGGAAGAUGACACCUGCAGCUGCCGCUUUCCUGAGGAAGAACAAGUCAGAAGGUGCUGCCUUUGCCAGACCAUGCGUGGAGGCCCAGGUGAUGUCAGGCAGAGUUCUGAAGGCAUGGAAAAAGGAGACAAAUUCUCUUUAAAGAUCCUGGGUGCCUGCCAGUUCAAAGCAUCAGACUAUUCCUGCAAUAUUUUGAACCAAACUGGAUUGUACUUCAAUGAAGCAAAACCACCAGCUGAGCACACGCUGAAACUAAGGAAAAUCUCUCCUGUUCUAUUUGCAUUAAGAAAAUAAGUUUUAUUUGAUUUAGCAAGUGCAAAACCCCAUACAAAGACACCUACUUCAAUUUAAGGAUGACUUAUCAUAGUGCAUCUUAAAACUGUUACAUCUACUCUCAGGCUACAUAAUCCAAACUGAAACAAGCCAUUUAAAAACUGAAAUAAAAUAUCUGCAUUACCCACUUAAGUCAGUUUUAAACCAAAUCUAAGGUUAGUUUAGCUCACCUUUCUCCUGCACACAAGAAUUUCAGCAGGUUUAGAACAAACACAGUUCUGGAAAAAAAGAGGAAUGUGAGUGGAGAGGUGAAAGAGACAAUUUGCCUUUAGUUACAACACUAUAGACCUGAGAAACAUUUACAUUUAAAUAAAUCCUUCUAGUAUUCACAACAUUGAUAUUUUGAUACUUUGCAUUUAGAACAAGUAUAAACCAUUUAACCUGAAGAGAACACUAUACAAGCCUGUAAGCAGGCAAAAAGACAAAAGGAAAAAACAAGGUAUCACACUACUUUACUCAGUGCACCUUCAUACAAAUUUUAGAGAAACUCUGAAAUAGAAAGUAAAUGUACAUACAUGCCUAAAGCAAAAUUUACUGAAGUAUCUAAAGCAUAAUAUAUUUUUCUUAUACUAGAAUGGAAAAUACAGCGAACAGGUAUAUGAAAGGAGGGUGGGAAAAAACCAUUCUUGACUUCAGAGGAGCUGCAACAUUGCAGCUCAGCACCAUACUUGUCUUAUCAAGCAACAAUCUCAUCAGAAGGGUAAAGAGAUCCAAAAGCCCCACACUCCCCAUUUACAUUAUCAGCUUUAGAGGCAUCCUUAAUGAUACAGCAUUUUGACUUGCACCUCAGUAAGCAUAUUACCUUAGAGAAGUAGAGGUGUAAGCACAGGAAAUGCUUAAGGGUUCCCUCAAACUUAGAAGUUCUAGUAAGAGAAAAGGAAGCUGCUAUUCUUUCACAUGAGAGUUACAGAGUAUAGGAAUCUGAACAGGCGAUCCAGUGGAUAUGGCAGUAACAUAUUCUUUUGUCAUUUCAUCUCACUGUGCCCUCAUCAGUAGGGCGGGCUACGAUCGCAAUGCUUCUCACAUGGAAUAGUGAAGCUGUAACAUGUAACAUUAUGUACUUUUCAAGAAUGCUUAAAUAUGCCUCAGGGAAUUACAGAACAGGAAACAGAUUUACUGUGCCGUGGCAGUACUAAUAGCCGACCUUAUAUAACUUUCUGCACCUUCUUCCAGUCAUUCCUAAAGACACCUAAAGAGAUCAUAAUAGAAAUAAAACAUGAAUAUGGUGGCAGAAACAAGUAGUAAAUGAAGAUGGCUUUGGAGGCUUCCUGGAUUAUCCUGUUUCCACAUAUGGUGGUUGGCAAUGGAUUAUUUCCUUCUAAGCAUAAAUCCUGCUUGUCUUGUAGAGGAUUUUUAGAAAAGCUACAUGGAUACUGGGAUGGGAUACUAUCUUGUCUAGACUUUGUAAAAACUUACCCAGCCGAAAAGGCCAAGGAUAGAGCUGAGCAGUUACUAACAGCCAGAAACACCUCCCCAUCACCCUCUCCAACUUAAGGAAGGAGGAUUGUCACAGGAACUAACGGAGAAAUGGAUGGAAUGAGAGCAGGAAUCAUGGAAUCAUUAGGUUGGAAAAGACCUUUAAGACCAUAAAUGGCAUCUAAAAGCUAUUUGGAGGGUUGUUCUUUGCAAAGAUCUGCAGCGUUUCUUCUCGUUUCUUCUCCUGCUCUUAUACAUCCUUCACCAGAAUACAGUUCUUCUGAACAUUACAGGAAAGGAGCUGCACAGCAGGAACAUAAAGAGGAAAUACAGGACUGUGCUAGAACAAGCUCACCAGAUAUAUAUCUUUUCUGUGUGAUACAGGUCCUAAUCCCACUCUGACAAGCACAGGUAGAUUUUUCUUAUUUCCAAAUCUCUUCUGCAGACUCUGCUCAAAAGUUGGUACUGUCUGUUACAAGCCUUACUCGUAAAAGACGCAUACAAAGCAAAGGAAUAAGAGUAUCCAACUAAAUACAGACUGCUCUUCAGAACUUUCUUAUAAAUAUGCCUCAGGACUUCUUGGAGGAAAGAGCAUUUUGCUCCCAUUACUUAGUUUCAGUGUAGCAGAAACAUUCAACUUGCCAAAUCAGAAGACAAAGAUCUGAUAUCUGCUUCCUUCACCUUUGUUAAUUCCUGCUCCUGUUGGUCACUCCCAUUCCCAGGGACAGCUUUCCCUCCAGUCAGAAUCAGUCAAUCAUCACCGAGAAAUCAGUUAAUGCUUGCACUGGGAAUUCUCUGAUAAGCUGGAAUUCAGCUCUUAAACAGCAAAGGGAAGAUUCUAUGUGGCUGACUGCCAAGAAACACACAUUCAUUUCACUCAUUUCCAAAAUAACCUUGAAAGAACUGCUUUAAACCUACCCACUAAGACCUAUGCCAACUUUCCCUGUUAAAUACACGUAUUUGCCCUGAAAUGUGAA